CGAAUUCGUCACCGAUUUCGAAGCUUGACAUUUUCCGAGAUGAAGCUCGUAGCCGCCGCCACGACGGUCGCUGCGCUCGCGCUCGCCGUCGCCGAGACGCUCCCGGCCUGCUCGCCCGACGCCGAGGUGGCGAUCACCAACACGACCAGCACGCCCAACGCGACCCUCUGUGCCAAGGCCGAGCUCAAGUCGCUGGGCACGCCCGAGUCGAUCACGAACCUCUUUGCCUCCAAGAUCCCGUCGAGCCUUGCCAAGGCGAUCGUCGCCAACGUCAACUGCCAAGGCUGGUACUCGGAGUUCACGGCGGUCCUUAAGGCGGCCGGCAACUGCGCGUUCGGCCCGAUCUCGGCGCCGGCGACAGCGAGCAUGACGCUGGCGCAGUUCCUUCAGUUUAGCAACACCAACAACACCGAGUCGCCGGCCUCGACGACGCCUGCGGCCACGACCAAGGUGUCGCCUACGUCGGCGCCGACGCCAACGACUGCCGCGCCGACGACCGCGCCGUCCUCGGCCGCGACGCUCUCGGUGGCCGCGGCGCUCGUCGUCGUCGCCGCCGCUCAAUUUUGCUAAGUAAUACUCUGUGUCGAAGGCUCUACCACAGCUUCUGCGCACACUCGUCGCCAACCUCAAAGACGUUUGGAUGCUGU